AUGAGGAGCCCAAACAUGGAGACGUUCAAGCAGCAGAAGGUGGAGGACUUUUAUGACAUCGGGGAGGAGCUGGGGAGCGGCCAGUUCGCCAUCGUGAAGAAGUGCCGAGAGAAGAGCACGGGGCUGGAGUAUGCAGCCAAGUUCAUCAAGAAGCGGCAGAGACAGGCCAGCCGGCGGGGUGUGUGCCGGGAGGAGAUCGAGCGGGAGGUGAGCAUCCUGCGGCAGGUGCUGCAUCCCAACGUCAUCACGCUGCACGACGUCUUCGAGAACCGCACUGACGUGGUGCUCAUCCUCGAGCUAGUGUCCGGAGGAGAGCUCUUCGACUUCCUGGCCCAGAAGGAGUCCCUGAGUGAGGAGGAGGCCACCAGCUUCAUUAAGCAGAUCCUGGAAGGGGUGAACUACCUUCAUGCCAAGAAAAUUGCUCACUUUGAUCUCAAGCCAGAAAACAUUAUGUUGUUGGACAAGAAUAUUCCCAUUCCACACAUCAAGCUGAUUGACUUUGGCCUGGCUCAUGAAAUAGAAGAUGGAGUUGAAUUUAAGAACAUUUUUGGGACGCCAGAAUUUGUUGCUCCAGAAAUUGUGAACUAUGAGCCCCUGGGCCUGGAGGCUGACAUGUGGAGCAUCGGCGUCAUCACCUACAUCCUCCUCAGUGGAGCAUCCCCCUUUUUGGGAGACACGAAGCAGGAAACACUGGCAAAUAUCACAGCAGUGAGUUACGACUUUGAUGAGGAGUUCUUCAGCCAGACCAGCGAGCUGGCCAAGGACUUCAUUCGGAAGCUUCUGGUUAAAGAGACCCGGAAACGGCUCACGAUCCAAGAGGCUCUCAGACACCCCUGGAUCACGCCUGUGGACAACCAGCAAGCCCUGGUGCGCAGGGAGUCCCUGGUCAACCUGGAGAACUUCAAGAAGCAGUAUGUCCGCAGGCGGUGGAAGCUCUCCUUCAGCAUCGUCUCUUUGUGUAACCACCUCACCCGCUCCCUGAUGAAGAAGGUGCAGCUCAGGCAAAAUGAGAACCUGGUGGGUAAAUGCAGUGCCCUCUGA